AACGCAGAGUACAUACAAAGCAAGCAGAGUGUUUGUGAACGUACGAGGAGUUAAACAUUUCAAAUAAAGAUGAGUUUUUUCGUCAAAGUUCUACUACUGUUAGUCUGCUGUGACAUGUUUUACUGUUCGAAUGCUGGCCACCUCCCAAAGCUAGUUGAUAAGCCAAAGACCAAAAAGUCACACCUCGCAUGGCCUGCCAACGUGCCCCUCAGUCUUAAGUGCAAAGCUUACGGUGGUCCAAAACUAAGAAUAAGUUGGUUUAAAGGUGAAGUACUCGUUCAGCAGUCUGCCAGAAUCUAUCAAGACAAAAAAUGGAGCUUGAAAUUUCGUAAACCACAACUGAACGACAGCGGUAUUUACACAUGCGCAGUAUCGAAUGAUUUUGGACACGUCAAACAUAUCUUUAACCUGAAUAUCAUUCAGAGAAUUCAAUCCCCUCCAGCUCUUAUUCCUGGCUAUCCAAAAUCAGUUACUGCUCGCGUUGGUGACAACGUUGAGAUCGAGUGUCUGGAGAAGCCAAGUAAUUACCUAACACAUUAUCGAUGGCUGAAAUCGGAUUCACCAGUCAUUUCGCAAGAUAAAGGAGAUAAAAUGAAGUUGAUAAAUCCCAGGAAAUAUAAAUCUUUUCAAGUGAAUAUUGGAAAUAAACAACUGUAUGGUGUUAAAUUGCAAUUAAAACACGUCACCAAAAACGAUGAAGGUUAUUACACUUGUCAUAUAUCAAACAGCAAUGGUGCUUCGAAUGGUACUGCAUAUUUAAAGAUCAAUAACAUUUUGCCUUCAGAUCCACCAGAAUUCCUAAUACCGAAGGAGAAGCGACAUCAUUUUGUGGCAGUCACGGAAGACGAAGAUGUGAAAUUUUCAUGCUUGGUUCGCGGUGGUGCUCCUCUCAAGUACAAAUGGUUCUUCGACAAAAAAUUGUUGACUUCAGAUAAACGACAUCUCAUUGAAAAAUCUCAACUCGUUAUUAAAAAUGUGCAACGGGCUGACAGUGGGGUUUACACUUGCAGAAUUAUGAAUGACUAUGGUCAUAUCAAACACAGCACGAAGUUAAAGGUUCUUGCCAAAGAGCCGCAGCAAACUAAUCAUCCUGUUCUACUUGCGGGUCAUCCCAAGAACAAAACAGCUCAAAAUGGCAGCUCUGUUUCACUGUAUUGUGCUGAUACAAGUGGAUUACUUCUUGACUACAGAUGGUUGAAGUGGGAGAGUUCGAUGAAAAUAUUUUCACCAGUAAACCUAAAAAACGCAUCAUUGUUUACCAUUAUUCAUCCAAGUCAUUAUGAGCAAGCAGCCUUCAAUAAGAAAGGUGUAUACUUGAAGCUGGAGAACUUGACUAAAGCAGAUGAAGGACUGUACACAUGCUUGGCUGUCAGUAUUUACAUGAGCUUUGCAUACAGAAGUGCUUAUGUGACCGUGAAAGAACACGAAGAAAAGUCAACGUCGGUCAAUUCCGUAACGUCAACUAGCUGGCUCACUAAUAUCACUGAAACACAUCCUCCAAACAUCAACAAUACAACAUCUGAAAAAAAGAUCAGCUCUACUCUCACGCCUACAUAUAGCUGUUUUCAGUUCGACGAAAACUUGCAAGAAGGCGAUUUGCUCUCCCCCCAUCCAAAAUGCCACACGAAGAGAGCGUGCGCAACACUUUUAAACGAUCAAAAUGGUUUCACGAAGUUUUUUUGUGACGAAGGGAAUCUUUGUGACAAGUACAACUUCAACAUCAGCAAAUGUCAUCAGAUCACAUCAGAAGAGACGUUGUGCUGCUGUUAUGGCGAACUCUGCAAUCAACCCAAUCUUAAAUUGUUCCAAAACACCAUAAAAACAGAAGGUCAUGGUAAAUGGUCCGCGCAAACGAACAUUAUUUUCUUUUCAACCGUAAUCAUUGUAGUGUCUCUCGCACUGGCGUUGAUUGGCUACAGCUUUCGUAGGAGAAAAACUGCUCUCGAGAAUCGCAAUGCUCAAGAGAAAAGACCAAUCGCUCGAAAAUUGACAAAGAAGACAGUUAUGCAAACGAGAUGGAUGAAGGAGGAUCCUUAGGGAUAAAACUGUAACACUGAGCCGAACUACUGUGAUAUGUAUGUAAAGAUCUGGGUAUAUAGUUGAAAGGCUUGAAAACAAGGGGAUUCAAGGGGACAGGUUAGGACCACUGCAAGGAGAAAUUUAUUCGUACAUAUAGAUGUCAAAUAUGGAGAAAGAACGUAAAUUAAAGUAAGAAACUGGAAAACCUUGAAAAUCGUAUGUCAUAGCAUUAGUGUUUCAGCUGAAGAAAUAGCUAAUAGUUUAAAACAACUGUAUAGUAAUACUUGUUCUCAAUGGAGCUACUUAUUAACAACUCAAUGCGUUUUAAUAUACUGUGUCAGUCAGAGAUACCACUGAACUGUAAACAUUUUACAGUAACUGAAAAUAAAGUGAUCAAUGCUGAA